AUGGCUAAAUGCAAAGGCCUGGAACAGCCCAUCCCAGCAGCUCCGGCUCCGGAGGAGGAGGUGAAGGCUGGCACACAGCUGAUCACUGAAGGUGAUCUCAAUGCCGAUUACUUCUACGUCGUCCAGUCCGGGACCUUCAACAUCAUCAUCUCCCGCGGUGAGGAGGGGCCGCAGACUGUGGGCUCCAUCAGCGAGGGCGGCAGCUUUGGGGAGUUGGCCUUGCUCUACUUCGCCCCCCGGGCCGCCACCAUCCAGGCCAAGGACGCCUGCGUGGUUUGGGUCAUCGACCGCAAGAACUUCAAGGAGAUCUUGGCGCAGUCUUCCACUGCAAUGGCCAGUGAGUACGUGAAGUACCUGGACAAGGUGGAGAUCCUGCAGCCGCUGCAGGAUGAAGAGAAGAUGGCCCUGGCAAAGGCCCUCACGGAGAUGUCCUUCAGCAAGAACGAGGUGAUCUUCCAGCAGGGCGAGAAAGGGGACGCCUUUUACAUCCUCAUCGAGGGACAGGUGAGCGUGGUGAAGGACGGCCGGGAGGUCACCAAGCUGGCGGCCAGCCCCGAGAAAGCCUCCUUCUUCGGCGAGAAGGCGCUGCUGAGCCACGAGCCCCGCAACGCGACGCUGCAAGUGAUUUCAGACUCUGCCAAGACGCUUACCGUGGACAAGAUGUCCUUCGACAUGAUCCUCGGUCCCUUAGAGGAGCUGCGUACGAGAGGCAAGCAGGGCAAGAGCAAGCUAGAGGGCCGGGCGAAGCCCGCGGCCUCGAGCUCCAGCCGCAAGUUCGGGCUGAUCACGCGCAAGGACCUGCGGCGCGUGGGGCUCCUGGGCUGCGGCGGCUUCGGGGCCGUGGAGCUGGUGGAGCACGGCGGCGACACCUAUGCCCUGAAGGCGCUGAGCAAAGGCUACAUCAUGAAGUCUGGUAUGCAGCAGAAUGUGCUGAAUGAGAAGAACGUGCAGAUCAUGUGCGACUCCCCAUUCAUCAUCAAGCUCUACGAGACCUACAACGGCACCCAGUCCUUGUACUUCCUGCUGGAGCCGGCGCUGGGAGGCGAACUCUACGCUACCUACAACAAGAAAGGCCUUUUCGGCAAGGAUGGCCACGCCAAGUUCUACGUGGCAGGGGUAGUGAAUGCUUUCCAGCAUCUGCACAGCAAGAAGAUCAUCUUCCGAGACCUCAAGCCGGAGAACCUCCUGCUCACCGAGCUGGGCCACAUCAAGCUGACGGACAUGGGCUUGGCCAAGGUGGUGGUGGGAAAGACCUACACGACCUGCGGCACCCCGGACUACUUUGCUCCGGAGAUGAUCGCCUCGGCAGGGCACACCUUGGCAGUGGAUUGGUGGACAGUCGGCGUGUUGACCUUCGAACUCAUGGCCGGGCACCCGCCCUUCGAGUCGGCGCACCCCAUGCAGAUCUACCAGAAGGUGAACAAGGGCAUUGGCAAAGUGAACUUCCCGCCGAAGUGCAAAGGCGUGGUGGAGGACCUUCGGACCCAUCACCAGUUGCGGGAGGUCGGGCUUGAUCAGUGGAAUGCCUAG